AUGUCUUUUAAGUCGGUGGUACCUAUACUCGUUACGGGAAUGCUCAUCACAGGAUGUGCAAACUCGCUGCUCACGAAAUGGCAAGAUAACAUGUGUGUUGCCAACUGUGAGCCAGGGGAGAAGCUUCCUGCUAGGUACUUCGAACAACCAGUAUGGCAAACCCUCAACAUGUUUGUCGGAGAGAUGCUCUGCUUCUUGCCCGUCAUAUUUGCCAAAUUUUCCCAGCCCAAGAGAGCCCAGCCGUUACUUAUCGAGGAGGAUGAAAGUGCCGAAGAAUCACCCAAAGACCACGCUAUCCCUUUGACUGGCUGGAACGUCUGCUGGUUUUGGAUUCCGGCCUUGUGCGACCUCACUGCAACCACGUUGAUGGGUGUUGGGUUGAUGUUCCCAUAUUCCGGUCUCGAUAUAUCAAAUGACGCGAGGGGCAUUGGUCCUUUGGGUGGGAGUUCUCUCAGUCAUUCUUCUGCGUACCCGCCUCUUCGCUUUCAAUGGUUCUCCCUUGUCACCGUAAUGUUUGGUGUUGGGCUCGUUGGCCUAUCCGGCUCUCUCAUUCGCAGUAGUGACGAGACCGGUGUCGUUGCAAACGCCGCUGAUGCUGAUCCAGAAUUGAUCAUGGGUAUGUCCUUAGUGUUGCUGGCCCAAUUAUUCGCUGCCACACAGUUCGUGAUCGAAGACAAGAUUAUGAAGACUUACUCGGUUGAGGCUAUGCUCGCCGUCGGCUGGGAAGGCUUCUUUGGCACAUUCACUAUCCUUCUUGCCCUUCCUGUGAUCGCUUACUUUCCUUCUAUCCCUUUGACCAUCAUCCCGCCUUCGUCGGAACUCACGUCCCCCGUUUUGCUCGCUUCUUUCUUGAUCAUGUUCUCGAUCGCGUCAUUCAACUACUUUGGAUUGUCUGUGACACGCAGCAUAUCGGCCACCGCACGUAGCACCAUCGACACAUGCCGCACACUCGGCAUCUGGAUUGGCAGUGUUAUGUUGGGAUGGGAGAAGAUUAAAUGGCCUGGAUCCGUGCCCCAGUUCAUUGGGUUUGGACUGCUUGUUUACGGGACCUUUUUGUUCAAUGGGCUGGUUAGCCCUCCGUCAUUCAUGCGUACAACUCAACCCGCAGAAACACCUCUGAUUGGCCCUGCUACUACGGAUAGCGAUCCUCUCUCGAGCGUUGGUGUUCAGGAAGGAGAGAGGCGCCCCCUUUUAGCCGAUCAAGCAUCAGCAUAG